UAUAUCUCAUGCUCUACUCAUCCUCGAGGAGUAUGGAAUUCCGUAAUUAUUAAGAGAAAUCGGAACAAUUUCUCGGCGAUGGCAUGUCAAGUUCUCCGUGCUUGUAGUGUUAUGUUACAUCCACUAAAACAUGUACAAGUUUCAAAGACCGGUCUAACAAAAUGCAGCGAGAUCUUGACCAGAGACAGAUUUUUACAGCCACAUAACCUGGUCUUCUUGUGCCAUCGGAAUACAUCUUUUUUUAAUAAAAUUUCAGCCGAUCAGUUAUGGAAAGGUGUAACUAGUGUAAGUAACGCUGGAAAGAAACGUGGUAGAGGAAGAGGGAGAAAACCUAUACGCAACCUGAACAGAGGUCAAGUUAUCGGUGUUGGGAAAGUUAACAUGGUAUGGCCCGGUCUUACAACUUCGGUGGUGAGAGGGCGGGAAUUAGUGGUUCAACAUAAACUACCUGAAAAUCCAGAAAGGGAUCAAAAGCUUAAUUCAUUAAGAGAUUCAUUAAGUGUUCGUAAAGUUCAAAAGCUGUCACCUUUAGAACGCGGUUGGUCCGGUUACCACUUAGGAGGAAGAAGUAUCGGACCUCCCGAACCUGUUGGAGAAGAUAAGUUUGAAGGUUUUGACACCAGAAUUUUGGAGUUCAAAGUAGUAUGCAAUAUGUCAGGUAUUUUUGGUCGUAGAAGAAGAACCAGUGCAUUCGUAGUUACCGGAAAUUCUAACGGAGUCGUGGGACUUUCCUUGGCAAAAUCGCCCGAUCCAAAAGGAGCUCUUAGGACAUCUAAAGCUCGAGCUGCUCAGAGAUUAAUGUACAUUAAUUUGUAUAAUAAUCAUACAGUGAUGCAUGAUUUUUAUGCUCAGUUUGGAAAGACAAAGGUAUAUGUGGCAAAAAAACCGCAGGGUUAUGGAUUAGUUUGCCACAGAGCAAUAAAAUCUUGUUGCGACGUGAUCGGUAUCAAGGAUCUAUACGCCAAGGUGGAAGGAAACAGGAACCUUCAACAUCUGGUGAAGGCUUUCUUUAUUGGACUACUACAGCAGAAAUCAUAUAACCAGUUAGCCGAGGAAAAGAAACUACAUUUGGUCGAGAUAAGGAAAGAGAAUUGUUACUAUCCAAAUGUUCUUGCUUCCCCAAAGGAAGUCCGAGAGCUAAAGGACGUGAAGGUCGAUGAGGUCAGAGAUUUUCGACAGUACGUGAUGGAUGGGAAGAUCAGAUUGCAAAAGAAGAAGCUUCCACCAUUCUAUACAUCGCAGAAUUCUUGGUUAAUAUAUAAGAAGAAACAAGAGUAUUUGAGGAAUCAGCACCAAGUGAAAAUUCGAUUAUUAGCAGAACACGGAGAAUUGCGCAGCUUUUUAACGGAUCAGUAUCCGGAAGCAAAGUCUGCACCGUACGACCGUCCUCAAAAGAAGGAAUUGUAAAUGUUUCAUUUAUAUUCAAUAAAGAUAGGUAAAUAUCGAACGUAAA